UACGAGCCUCUGGUCCCACUAUCCGCCGAGGAGGAAGCGAAAAUUCCGGACCAUAUCUCCGUCAUUGCCAUCGCGGGGCCUGAGGAGACUCCCAAGCAGUUCUGGAAGUGCAAAGAGGACGAGGCCUGGGGCCCUCUGUCUGUAACCCAGAGUUGGCCAUUCAAGAAAUAUUUUGGCGCUACCUGGCUGGCUGGUGCUCAGAACAUGGUCAAGAUUCCAGAGCCGAGGGCAACUUAG